AUGCGAUUCCUGGGCCUCGUCUUCCCUACCCUCAGCCUUUGUCUCGCCGUCCGCAACAUCUCCCCUCUGCCUCACCGUGGCGAGCCGUCAGGAGAGCAGACAUGGACCCCAGUCUGGCAUGGUCAAAGGCGGCCGCAGCAGCAACAUGUCCUGAUGACUCCUCCGUUGGCCUCUGUGGAAGAACCCGAUAUCAAGUUUCCGCACAGCCCAUUCCACCAAGCCUCUGGCUUCAUUGCCCUUGGCGACUCCUACUCAGCGGGCAUAGGCACCGGGUUCAACGGAACGGAAAAUGACUGUCGUCAAGGUCUUCAUGCUUACCCCGUUUUGAUCCACGGAGAUCUCAACCGCGCUCGUGGACGUCAUGACACCGCCGCAGAGCUGCAGUUUCUGUCUUGUACGGGCUCCACGAUCGGCGACAUGCUCGCGGGAGCCGACCAUAGUCAGAUCGAUGGCUUGAAUGCUACGAUGCAUGCAGACUUUGCGCUCCUGUCUAUUGGCGGCAAUGACCUUGGCUUCUUCAACAUCAUGAACAGCUGCAUCUUCCGCUUCUAUAGCUUUUACUCGGGAACCUGCGAAGAUGCUUUACGCAAUUCUGAAGAAGCCCUCAACGGCCCCGAGUUUGAACAUUACCUUCGACUGGCCAUUAUGGAAAUUCUCGACCGUGUGCAAUGGGAAAAGAGGCCCUCGUUUUCCAUUACUGUCUCGGGCUACGCUCGCUUUUUCAACGAGGACACCCAAGAUUGCGACCAACGAUCGUUUGGAGUGUGGUGGCGUGGACCGAAACUGAAACGCAAGCUUCGCCGUAGGAUGAACAGGAUGGUUCUUUCGGUCAACGACAAGAUUAAACGCUCAAUCACCGCGAUAAACGCCGAUUUCACGGAGCCCAGGGUCAUGUUUGUGGACUACGAUGAUGCUUUCGAAGGUCACCGGUUCUGCGAAGCCAAUGUCACUGAACCAGAUUACUCCAGAAAUGAAACGUGGUUUUUUCUUGUUGGAGGCAAAGACAACCACCGUGGCUUCCAAAGUCAGCUGGCGGGACCCGACCAAGGCGAACUGCUUUCCCCCAGCUCACCACUGAUAGAUCCAGACACUUGCUUGGGACCUGCCCAGAAGUCAGGUGACUGGGGUGAGUUGGCGUUGUGCCUGAUGGCCAAGGCUGCGAGAGAGGACUCUUCCCUUCGGACCAGCGAAGGAGCAAUUGUUGCCCAAAACUCCAUGUGGUAUGUGCCUACAUAUUAUGGCAAAACGUUUCAUCCUAUGUCGUAUUCCAUCCUCCAUAAUGAUCCAACCAUCAAAGUCUCGUCGAAGAGGGAAAGCAAAUCAGGUACCAUUAAGCUGAAGAAGCCGCCUCCGAAGCACAGCAAGCCAGGCAACUGGAGGGACGGUAGUGUUGUCGAAGAUGAGAAAAAGAAAGCCGCGAACUCGCCCGCUACCUCUGUGGCCUCUCCUGGCCCGGUAGUGAAUCAACUAGAUGACAACGCCCGAGAGACGUUUGCAACAGGACGGCCCCUGGAAGAUAGCCCGGACCUUCAACAAUGCAAGCACUGCAAGAAGAGCAUUUUAAAAACCGCUGCAAAGGCGCAUAUUGCGCAGUGUUUGAAGCUAAAGAAGGAGAAGGCGCAAAGGAAGAAGGAGGCCCGAGAGGCCCGAGAGAGGGCCAAGGAGGCCGCCAGAGAGGAAGAGGCUCGAAAAGCUGAUGAAGAGAAUGGAGACGAUGACAGUGAUGACGACGAUAAAAAAGGAAAUGUGGCAGGAAAAAAAGCAGGCAAGAAGCCCGAGGAUGAGAAGAAAGGCGGCAAAAAGAGGAAAGCCGACGGCGAGCCCGACAAAGGGCCCAAGGCGAAAAAGAAGAAGGACGAGCCUAAAGCCAAGGUUCCGAAGCCCAAAGGGCCGGUUGAUGUUGAGAGACAGUGCGGCGUGAUAUUGCCCAACGGUCAGCCGUGCGCUCGAUCGCUUACGUGCAAAAGUCACUCGAUGGGAGCAAAACGUGCUGUCGUGGGUCGUUCUCUUCCGUACGAUAUGCUGUUGGCGGCAUACCAGAAGAAAAAUCAAGCAAAACAGCAAAAGGCUGCCCUCGAUGCGAAUGCUCCCGUUGAGGAUGACGACGACGCGAACGGACCUGUCGACUCUGAUGAGGAAACCGGAGCCGUAAUGAGCGCCUUGUCUCACUGGCAUCCCCAACCGCUUAUUCCACAACCUAUUUUCACCCCAAUUAAGCGACAAUAUCAGCUAUCCAGACUUCAUGAACAGUUGCAGCUGGCAACGAAUGGAGGCCGCACCAACAUUUUUCACGUGGUAGGAUAUGGGGCUCAAAAGCUGCCGGAAGGACACCCCGGGCUCGUUGAAGGAGAGGAUGCACCGGGCGAGCCAGAUCUGGGAGCCCUGGGCUUUCCUGGUACUGCCCGAUCGUCGAAUUUUGGUGCCGCAACCGUGUCACAGAGGCGGUCUUCCGUGACAAGCCGCGGCUGA